UAUUCUCUGACUGUGCUGCAAGUAACCCAUGCCACAAGACCUGAAUAGCUGAAGUGCUUCAUAUCAUUAAGAUUCCAUCAUUUCCCUUCUACGCUUCUAACUUGAAGUCUGUCUCUUACCUGCUACCUAUCUCCUUAUUCACCUCAUCACUCAGAUGUUCGCAAAACUUCCCGACUGGGCACAUCAGACUUUCGCCUUACUCUGCUUCUUCGCAGCUUUGGCGGUGCCAAUUCCGACAAUACGUCUAUGCCGGUGUUUCUUCACCGAGUUCACAUGGGGAAAAUACUAUCCGGACGUGCGCGGUGUGCCUAUGUUCCUCUUUCAAGCGGCUCAAGUCGUAUUUUCUAUCACCCGAUUCUGGAUCACGUCCAUAGCAGGAGCGCUCAGGGUCUACUAUGGUUGCUUGCGGGCGGUCACCUACCUCAUAUUCAUGUCUAUUCGUCUCUACGACUCUGGCUUGAAGGCAUCGGAACUAGCUUGGACUCGAGCAUCUUUCGAGGUAGUAGUGACAAUGGCUCUAGCGCUACUUAUCUGGAGGCAGCUGAGAUCCAUUUGGGAUUUAUGUACAUCUUUCUUUGGGAUAGUGAAGAAUAUGGGCUUGUUGCCACUUCGUACGGUAGUGAGGGUAUGGCAGCUUCUUACUUGAGCUACCGUUCGAAGAACGUCGACGAGGAGUGUGUCCGAAGGCUCACCCCAGCAAGGCAGAUUAUGCUUAAAGGUCAUCACGGCGC